UUUGCUGUAGUAUUUGUAGCACCUCGAUGCACCGCACACUUUAACUACACCAGCACUUUUUUGUGCCUCUCCGUCAGCUCACAGGAAAGAGAGAGAGAGAGAGUGUGUGUGUGUGUAUGGGUGUGGGUGGCGGCGGUGGGCGUGCAGGUCAGUGAUGUUUACGUUUUCAUAGCGCGGGCGGCGGAGACACGGAGAAAGCGCGCGCAGCGAGGAUACAGACGCACGGACAGAGAGUCACACACGCACACUCGCGUGCGCGCGCAAAUCGCGAUCGGGCGACACCGCGAGGCGGCGCGUAACCGACACCACCACCACAACAACCGAGACGAAAAGAGAGCGCCUGGGUUUUUUUGUUUUGUUUUGUUUUGUUUUUGUCCCCCCCCGUUGCUUUCGAGGAACGCGCGUGACGUUCGCUCCCGCCAUUUGGAGCGGAGGCGCUGAGGUGCGUUUCCUCUUCUGGGACGCGUUCGGCUGAGAAGCACGCGCACAUCAUGUACCCGCACGGAAGACCGCAGGCUCCUUUGGUGCCUGGCCAUGUGGGCAUGAAGUUCACCGUUCUGGAGACAUUGGACCAUAUCAAAGAGGAGUUCCAGCUCUUCCAGGCUCAGUACCACAGUCUGAAGUUGGAAUGUGAGAAACUGGCCACGGAGAAGACGGAGAUGCACAGGCAUUACAUCAUGUACUAUGAGAUGUCAUAUGGACUGAAUAUCGAGAUGCAGAAGCAGGCGGAGAUUGUGAAGCGGCUCAGUGCUAUAUGCACUCAGAUUAUCCCUCUCUUGUCCCAAGAGCAUCAGCACCAGGUGGCCCAGGCGGUUGAGAGAUCCAAGCAUGUAAGCAUGGCUGACCUGAAUGCAAUCAUAGGGCAACAGCAGCUCCAGCACCUGUCCCAUCAUGCUCCAGGCUUCCCCCUGACGCCACACCAAUCAGGCUUGUCUCUCGGAGCAGGAGUUGGUCUCAUGGCCCUCCCGGGGGCUUUCCCCUUCCCUCCACAUCUGGUGCCUAAAGACGACGUCACUCAUCCCGAAUCUGUGGAUCCCAGAGAUGGUGCUCCAAACAGGAGUUUUGCAGACUCGGCUUUAGUGAGUCAGUCCGUGGCUCAGAGGCUGCCUCUGCCGCUAGGUUGCCCAGCCGAGUCUGCGUCAGACAGCAAGAGAAGCAGUGCAGAAGGAAAACCUCGAGUUCCCACACCUCGGGACAGAGAAGUGGAAAAAAAUGAGGACAGUUUGAAACGGGACAGCACUAAAGAGAAGAACAUGUCUCCAGCAGGAGGAUCUCCCAGGUCCGCUGACGGGAAUGGCGUGGACAGCCGAAACUCAUCCAGAGAUGCCCGAUCGCCUUCCUCUGGCUUCCCGCACACGCACACACCCAACCAGCACAAGAGUCCCCCUCAGGAGAAAUCACGCUCUCGUUCUCCAUCUCCGUCACGUGACGCUCCAUCUCCUGCGCCUCCUCCGCCUCCUACUGCUUGUCCUCUGUCCUCCCCAGCAUGCGCUCCCUCUCCUCCUGUCCAGCACUAGGACCCACUCCGCAUCAUGGAGUGAGACGGGUGGGAGACGAAGUGGCCCUCCCUCACCCACCCACCAAACCCAGCACACACUGGCUCCGUCCCAUAGUGCAACGGGGUCAAGGACCAGGUGCCUUGCCAGGGAUGUGCAUUUGUCCACCGAGUCUUGGAGCUGAACACAGUCUGCAUCCACUUACACUGCAGGGCAAUGUCAGAGGCACAGCUUAACACGCCAAUCAAUCAGCUGUUCUAGUGAUUGACAGGUCUCUCAGCCAAUCAGGCAGCUGGAGUGCUGUGGCAAAGCUGAGCAUUUUGCAGUAAGAAAGUGAGAGCAAGUCCUGUUGCCCCUUGAUAACCAUGGGAUACUUAAAACCUACCAAACUAAGACACAGAAAUAGACUGAGGCCCAAUAACAACUCCUGUGUAAACACCAACCUGUAAGACUGCUGUGUAGCUGAACUGGAACGUCUUUGCUGAAGAACGUGACCUUUAUAUUGUCUUUUAUACACUCACUUUAUGCACUGGGAACUUGUCAUGUUUUGCAUUCCUCAUAGCAACGUGUGCAUGAGUACAUCGACAUCUACUGAUGGAUAUAGCUGAGAUGACUGGAGAUGUGGAAGACAUAAUGACUGUUCAGGUCAAAGUAUUUUAGGCACCCCAAGGAGGCUGUGAAGAGACUGUAAUUUUAUAUUAGUUUAUAUUUUUUUGAGUCAUUUUUGCUAACAUCAGAAAGCACUCAUACAUGCUUAGUUUAUCUAUCGCUGUUGCACAAGCCACUCCAUGCUUUUACUCGCUGUAUAACCCGUAACGUUUAAGAUUUCAAGCUGUACUUUAGAUCCUUCAGCUGGUCAACUGGAGCCUCUUUUACAGCAGCCAGGAUCAUCAAAUGCCCCAAAGCCUUUUCUUCAUUUUUUUUUUUUUUUUUUUUUAAAUUGACAUUCAAAUUAUGUAGAAUCUGUAAUAAAGGGGGUAAUAUUGUGAAUGCUGUCCUACCAUCUAGAAAUUUGAUAACGUAUAACUACAUGUAGGGAUACUCUGUCACUUUGGUGUGUGUGUGCGCUUCACCAUAGAGUUCACACCUGUGAUCAAUUGAGGAACUGGUACCAGAAUCCAGAUGCACAUCUCUAUUGGCACUUCAUAUUUUAAACAAGACAACAUUUUGUGUUGUAGUUUUAAUGGGGACUGCUUUCACUUUUAUCUAACUUGGGUAAAUAUCUUAAGUUUUAUUGCAUUACAUGUGGCUCUGUUUUUCUACCACAUGUUGUUUGUGGCAGGAAGGGUGUAUGAAGCGAAUAUUUUAUACCCUAGAUAGACUGACCACAUGAAAUGCAAGUCUAAUAUUGUUUUUAAAAUAAAACAUUUCAUUCAGUGUAAUGUAAUGUAAUGUAAUGUAAUCAUUUUCCACUAAAAUUUGAUACCCAUUCAGAUCCCCCCAGUUUUUCUAUAUGGUGUUUACUAAACACUAUCUGAAACAGUAUUUGUUGUGUGAAAAUUUGGCCCCCAGGUUAAAUCUAAUUGAUGAUCCUAUAGAAAGCAUGGCGUCUAAGACAUAUUACACUACUGUAGGGAUAAACAAAGUGAUUUAUUGGAUAUUAGUUGACAUAUUUCUUUCAGUUACUGGGCUUUUUGGAGGCAAUAUAUCAAUGAGUGUAAAGAUUCAUGUCUGUAUUUGUGAUACAGCUGAACUGAUUCGAAACAACUGAAUCAUGUGCAUGACUCUUUUUAUUACUAUUAUUCAGAAAUAUUAAAUGAAUUUCCUUUAAUAUCGUGUUUCUUUCUUGCACUCUUUUUCUGUGUCUGUCAAUCUCGGCAAAGAGGCCGUGGCCUCUCAAUAAACAGACUUAACAUCAA